AUGUCGGCUCACCAACUACCGGCAUGUGUCAUCGACAACGGAACGGGUUACACCAAGCUCGGAUACGCCGGCAACUCCGAACCGCAGUUUAUCAUUCCUUCCGGUUAGUUUUGCACGUUUUUCAGUUCAAAAAGCCUUAUUUUUCAGCGAUUGCCGUCAAAGACAAGGUGGCGAGCUCGAAUGCGCAGGCGCUACGCUGGAAUAAUCGUGGCGGAGGCGCCGGAAUCGAUGAUCUCGACUUCUUCAUCGGCGAUGAGGCAUUGUCACCGGCGGCCGCCAAUUAUACUGUCAAGGUUCGAUAAUCUCAGUCAUUGUGGCUUUAAAAUAACAAAUUUCAGUAUCCGAUUCGUCACGGAAUCGUCGAGGACUGGGAUCUCAUGGAGAGGUACUGGGAACAAUGCAUUUUCAAAUAUUUGCGUGCCGAACCCGAGGAUCACUUCUUUUUGCUCGUCAGUCUUAAUUUCACGGAAUGCGAGAAUAUUUGCUUUUGUUUUUAGACGGAACCGCCACUCAACACGCCGGAAAACCGCGAGUACACCGCCGAAAUCAUGUUCGAAUCGUUCAACGUGCCCGGACUGUACAUAGCCGUGCAGGCGGUGCUCGCACUCACCGCCAGUUGGCAAUCGAGAGCCGCCAAUGAGAGAAGUCUGACCGGAUUGGUGCGUUUUUGAAAUUUCAUUUUAUGUCUAAAAACAGUUCAAAUAGAUUAGAGAAAAUGCGUAAAGACACGCGAGACAGAGAGCGAAUCAUCAAAAUGACGGGCGACUUCUAAUUCCGCUUGACGACGUGAGAAUAGUACCUCGCGAGGAACAUCAAAAGGCUUAGAAGCCGCUUCUUCUGAAUUCACAUGUUAAGCCGGAGAACGGAAUGGGCAUCCCAUUUGGAAGGGUAGAAGGAAACUUAUGUGGAAUGCAAUGUGCAGAACAGAAACAAAACAAUUGAUUCAAUUAAAUAUAUUCAUUAGAGUUAUAAUGUACACAAAAGUGUUCUAUUGUCGAAAUGAUCGAAACUCUCAGGACUAAAUAUCCUUCGCUGCCGCUCUAUUUCGAAGCACUUGGUUUCAUAGGCUUUGAAGAAAUAAUUGUUCGAGUCGACGACGGUUCUCGGAAGGCACAUUCUCCCAAUUCCAUCAGUAUCUUGGACUUUUUUAGGAGGAAAAAGGAAAAAUAGUGGUACGACGAGGAUCCACACCAAGCAAGCGAUCACGCGAGCUUUGUAGAACCAAUCCAUUCUUCGUCGGACUCUUUCUUCCUCGAUGUUCUGAUAUCUUCGUUCCUCGCGUUCGAUGUACCGUAUGUUGCUCUUCGCCAGUUUGACGUCCUCCUUAAUUUUGCUCCAUUCGUGCGUCCAAAACGAGCCCCUUUUCGCCGGGUCCAGCUCCAGAUUCAGCUCGUACAAAUCCGUGCCUUUCCGGAUGAUCUCCUUGUUAUUUUCCUUCAUCAUGUCGUUUUGAACGUACCAAUUAUCUUCGCUGGAGUAUGCAUCGGGGUCCGAGUACAUCGUCCACGGGUCCACGAGCCAUUCGAUGUCUUCGUCGUCGAAUUCGUUGAACUCAUCGUUCGGAUCGAUACCGUCGAAUGUGGGGGCGGCUGGAGUGUGCGCAGAGCGACCCAUAGCGAAAAUGACGGAAAGAGAGGGCAGACGGACGGAAAGCAGUGCCGGGGAGGAGGCCGGGAGGGACAGAGAAACAGGUGUUGACACCCGAAAGGACAGAUGCAAUUGCUGUUCGACGUGGCGUAAUUACAAACCCCUAGUGGAGUCUUAUUAAUGUAUUUGAGUAGCACAAUAGCUGAAAAAUGGAAAGAAAGCAGAUGGAAAAUGAACACUUUGUUCAUUCGAUUAGCUGUGAGCAACGUGCAAGUCAUUUUUCGAGAGUCUAGUAAGCUUAAGCUUCAACUUCUUCCUCUCGCAUCGGAUGUCUGACGCCGUUCCGUGUGGACGAGGGAGACGACAAAAAGAAGUAAACCAGUACAAAGUGCAGCAGAAAUAUGAGGAAUUCAAUGAGUAUCUCGUGGCCAGUCUGUCUUUUUCGGAUCUUUUCAACGGAAUAUCGUCUGCUCAUAGUACCCUCCGGAACGUGUUCUUCGAAGAAGUGUAUUUGAGGCUCAUCGUUGUCAUGAUCGCGGUAGAGAAGUUCAGGAGAGUUUGAUAGACGACACAUGAUCGAGGAAGACUUUUUGAGUUUGAAAACGACGAAGAGCCGCGAGAGGCGCUUCACUUUUAGUCGCUAAGCAACAGACGUGUUACCCGACGACGAGUUCGGAAGAGAAGAGAAGCAUGAACAUAUUUAUCAUUGGAGAGACGAGAAGGUGUAAAUAUCAAAAGAACAAUUAUAUAUCACGAAGAUGUACUAUUCUUUCCUUGUAAGCAUAUCCAUGCAUUACUACGGCUCUCCCAGAACUUGUCACAAUGAUGUAAACUGACGAUUACAACGAAAAAUAACAUGAAAAAGAAGAGGCUAACACAAUAAAUUUGAUCUUCAUCGCUCCUCAAAUUCGGAAGUUGCACAAUUUUCCUUCCGAAUAGAGUCAUCCACUCGUCCUCCUCGUCAUCGUCGUCCUCAUCGCUCUCUUCGUCCGAUCCGUCUAGCAUCCAAUCGCCUUCCAUCCUCGGAGCUCGUUGAAUUUUUCGAAUCGACCGUUCGUCGCUCUUCAAAUCCUCGGCAUAAUAAUUCCAGUCGUCCCGCCAAAAGACGUUUUUCUCGCUUGAAUCCAACUCCAUAUUCAAAUGGAAAAGAUCCCACGCUUUCGAGAUGUUUUCUUUUCGAUCCUGAAUGGCGAUAAAAUCCAUCACCUCGGCGUUAUCAGGCGUAUACACAGCUCCGGGAUCGUCGUAACUCGUACGCACGUCUUCUAGGGCGGUUGGCAGACCCACAGAGUCAUUUGCAGCGGCGAAUCGACCCAUGAUGACUAGAUAGAAUAGGAAAAUAUAGGUUAGAAGGAGCGAGAAGGUGUGUGUCUGUGUAUGACGUCUGUUCGGUGAGGUCAGCACUGUUUGAAUGUGUGACGUCGACUACGCAACGUGGCAAUCGACGAUGACGUCACGCGGAGAGACGGAGAGAAAAGAGACGGUGCUCGAGCAGAUCUUUAUUGUACAACGACAUACGGUCAUAAAGAAAAACGAUUAAAGAAGAAAAUAAGAGCGGUAUUGUAGGUGUCAGCUGUCGUUUCGAAACCACGCAAUCAUAUCAGCGGAAUUCUGCUCGGCAAUUGUUGAAACUGUAGAAGAAUCUUUCUUAUUUGCCCGUUCAUCCGAUAAUUCCAUCUCCGCAGCCGCCAAAUCUUUUGAUGUCCGUAAUUGUUCGCGAAGUUGGUCCACAAAUUGCAAAAGUUGCAAUUCCGUUCCUGAAACGUUGACGGUUCCGUCGGCUUUAUCCUCAUCGAACAAGGUGACCGAAGAGGAUUCGGUUGAGGAGACCAUUUAGACGUGGAAUAUAGAAGACGUGUGACGUAAUCUGGCCGUCAACGAACAUUAUGUAGAGAAAGAGAGACACAUAAGAAGGAGAGAAAAGAUUAGGGACCACUGGGUGUACGGUCGAACAGAAGACGUGGAACAAGGAAAAUAAUGUCUAGAGGGAUCGGAUGAAAAUGAAAAACUUGGAAAACUUUUGUCGAGAGGAAUUCAAGCUUGUUUUCGAAUAGGAUUGUGAAACUUGAGGUCAUCUCAUCUGAAUUCUGAUUUCAUGCUAAUAUUUAAGCUCGAAUUAGUAUGAUUCUCAAGUGACUUUAGGAAAAUAAUAGAAAAAGAGAAGAAAAGCUGAAUCUUGAACAUUACAGGUCAUCGACUCGGGAGACGGAGUGACACAUUGCAUUCCGGUGGCCGACGGCUACGUGAUAGGCUCGUGCAUCAAGCACAUUCCAAUUGCCGGCCGCGACAUCACCUACUUCAUCCAGAACCUUCUGCGCGAGCGAGAACACGCGAUUCCGGCCGAGCAGAGCUACGAGGUGGCGAAGACGAUCAAAGAAAAGUACUGCUACGUGUGUCCGGACGUGAUGAAGGAGUUUGUGAAGUACGACACGGACGCGGCGAAGUGGCUGCGCACCUACGACGGCAUCAACUCGAUCACGAAGAAGCCGUUCAGUGUGGACGUCGGCUACGAGCGCUUCCUUGGCCCCGAAAUAUUCUUCCACCCGGAAUUCUGCAAUCCCGACUUCACGACGCCCAUCUCGGACACGAUCGACACGCUCAUCCAGCAGUGUCCGAUCGACGUGCGCCGAGGGCUCUACGAGAACAUUGUGCUCUCCGGCGGAUCCACAAUGUUCAAGGACUUUGCCAGGAAAUUGCAGAGGGACGUGAAACGGCUGAGCGAUGCGAGACUUCAGAUGAGCGAGACGUUGAGUGGAGGAAGGCUGAAGGUAGGAACGGAGGGAAAAAAGAAGAAGAAGAAGAAGAGCUCAUUCUUUUGUCAUUUCAGCCGAAACCGAUUGAUGUGCAAGUGAUCUCGCACAAAAUGCAACGGUACGCCGUUUGGUUCGGAGGAUCCAUGCUCGCGUCGACGGUCAGUCCAAGAACCGGUUGAUAUUAUCAAUUCCCCGGUCGUUUUUCCUAGCUUUUCGGGGUUAUUGGUGUUCAAUUUUUGAGCUUUAUUGAAUGAUCUGAACUUUAGUGAGGGAUGUAUUGAAAUUAGGCCAAAGUGCAAACUUUUCGACCUAAUUUCAAUAUACCCCACAAUAAAGGCUAGAUAAUACAUUCAAGCUCAAACAUUCAACACUGAUAAUCCUGUCAUAGGUGUGGGAUGUUUUAGAAACGCCAAAACAUUUUUCCUACCUGAAAUUUCCGAAUCAGCGGCAACCGUAAGAUCAUAAGAAAUUGGGCAUUGGGCAUUUUGGGCAGCCCUAACAAAGGAACCUUUUAAGUGAUUAAUGGAACCGGCCUAAACUAACGACACAGUUCGAGAUAGGGACUUUCAAAAUGCUGUCCCUUGUAAAGCUGUCAAAUUUUUUUCGAACCAGGCCCCUCCCACCCCGAACUGUCGGCGCUCAACUCAAAACACCUAUGAAUCCUGUAAAAUAAGGAAACAAUCCGAUGAUUGACAAUAGAGAUGAGAGAACACUUUAUUUAUUUUUUCAGGCGGAUUUCUACCAAGUGUCACACACGAAAGCCGAGUACAUGGAGAAGGGACCGUCGAUCUGCCGUUACAACCCAGUGUUUGGAGCUCUCACCUAA